GCGGCGCAGGUGCGGCUGGGCGGACGCGGAGGCCGCGGGCAGGUGGGCGAGAUGCCGUACGCCAACCAGCCCACGGUGCGGAUCACGGAGCUCACCGACGAGAACGUCAAGUUCAUCAUCGAGAAUACGGACCUGGCGGUGGCCAAUUCUAUUCGGAGGGUCUUCAUCGCUGAGGUGCCUAUCAUAGCCAUUGACUGGGUUCAAAUUGAUGCCAAUUCCUCAGUCCUUCAUGAUGAGUUCAUCGCUCACAGGCUUGGAUUAAUUCCCCUCAUUAGUGACGACAUUGUGGACAAGCUACAGUACUCCCGGGACUGCACAUGUGAAGAGUUCUGCCCUGAGUGCUCGGUGGAGUUCACCCUGGACGUGCGGUGCAAUGAAGACCAGACGCGUCAUGUCACGUCUCGAGACCUCAUCUCUAACAGCCCCCGGGUCAUUCCAGUGACAUCCCGGAACCGAGAUAAUGAUCCCAAUGAUUAUGUGGAGCAGGACGACAUCCUCAUCGUCAAACUGAGAAAGGGCCAGGAGCUGAGACUUCGGGCCUAUGCCAAAAAGGGCUUUGGCAAGGAACAUGCCAAGUGGAACCCUACUGCAGGGGUGGCUUUUGAAUAUGAUCCAGACAAUGCCCUGAGGCACACAGUGUACCCCAAGCCUGAGGAAUGGCCAAAGAGUGAGUACUCAGAGUUGGAUGAGGAUGAGUCCCAGGCUCCCUAUGACCCCAACGGCAAGCCAGAGAGGUUUUACUACAACGUGGAGUCUUGUGGAUCUUUGCGCCCUGAAACCAUUGUCCUCUCAGCCCUCUCUGGACUGAAGAAGAAGCUGAGUGAUUUACAGACUCAAUUAAGCCAUGAGAUUCAGAGUGACGUACUAACUAUAAACUAGCUUCAGCUUGCUUGUUUCAACAAAAAGGGGAUUCGAACCAGCAGCUGGAUUUCAGGUCUCUCUUGAGACUCUUCUGGUUUCUGAGAUCUGGACUGCUGUUGCUAAAGUUACUUGGUAGGUCUUCAGUACCAACUAGAAGGGGGUCAUAGUUAGAUCUCAGGUAUGCCAUUGGUGUUUAGACAGGACGGUUUUUAACUAGACAUUUAGCAUCCCUGGCCCUGCCUGCUGAUUGCCAGUAGUGCUCCCAGAACCCAAAACAUGCCUUCCAUCCUGUUUCCUAAUGUGCUCGUAGGGGGCCAUACUGCUUCCCUGUUGAAAACCACUGAGCUGAACUUCUCCUCUCCUGGUCAUUCCAGCUCUUUAAAUCCUUUCUGUCCAAAAGGAAGACUCUUCAUAGUUGUACCUUAGGUUUCUGGUGUUAGGAUUGAGUGCUAGAACCUUCAUUUAGGGUUCCUAUAAACCCUUCCAGUCCUUUCUCCAGGGCCAGCCUACUGGCACUUCGAAUUCCCAGGUGUCCCUAAUUUGAGAAGUAACCCUUUGGGAAUAGAAGACCCUGGCUGGCCCCUCCCCUCAUAAAUAAGCACAGUGUUUCAUUCUCUAUCCAUCAGUAAUGAACUCUUUCACUGCCAGUAGCCUGAUCACUUAGUUUAGUGGUGAUGGUGAUGGUGGCAGCAGUGGUGGAGUUGGGGAAGAGCAAGGGCCCCCUCUCACAUAUUUCCUUUCUCCUUAAUGAGGGCUCUGGGCCUGACCCCUUAGCACUGUCUCUACGUAGGAACAUACCCAGUGCAGUUAAUUAGGCAGCCUGGAGAAAACCAGAGAUCAGUACAGAAAGGAAGAGAUGUAUUUAUUGAUUAACAGUAGUUGUCUUUUUAAAAGUUUUUAUUUUUGGCAAUAAAGAGCACAACAAAAUCUC